AUGCAGUCUAAAUCUCAACAGCCCCAGCGGCCCAGUGCAACUGACAUGAUGGCUUGCUUUUCUCUGCGCGAAGAGUCUCUGAAUAGUCGCCCGCUGCGGCUGCUAAUCACUGCCACGGGCACGCGGCAUUCGUCUUGGGCCCAACCGCUCGUGGUGCGGCUUUCCAAAGAUCGUCGUAUAGAGAUGAGGGCGGUGGUCGAUGAUCCAUCACCAAGGCUGAAUCAGCUCAUUAUUACCAUCCAAAAUUCGCCCAUGGCCCAAGAACCAGUCGGCCCGGAAGACGUAUCUUCUAAACACACGGGCCUAAAUAUACAUGACCUAGUUGAAUGGGCCGACCUCUUGGUUUGUGUGCCGCUAGAUAUCAGAAAAAUUGAAACCUUAUUGGCGGGUGGAGGCGACACUUUUCUUGAUGACCUCCUGAGAAGCUGGAACGAGGCCCAGAAAGGGUGCAUCAUGGUACCCGGAAUGGAUGACAGCGCAUGGCUAAGUCCUAUAGUCCAACAGCAACUGGGUGAAGUUCAGAGAGAAUGGCCCUGUAUCCGUGUGAUGCAGCCCAUACUGUGGCACUAUGAAGAUGCAGCGCAUCCGCAGCAAGCAACGAACUGGAGUGGAUUCAGAGACUUGCUUGAUCUUAUUCAAAAUCAAGCCGAUCUGUUAAAUCUUGGCCGCGAUGGCGAGGCGACAGGGAGAACCGCUGCCACGUCCGAACUUCAUGCAAUGACUUUGCCGGGCCUACCAUUUGAGUUAUGGAGCAAAGUGUUGAAGUUCACAGGGGAUUGGGAGCUGGCUGCUGCAUUGGGCAUCAAUACCAGUCUGCCCGUUCCAACAGAAUGGAACAUGCGAGUCGAAGAUCUGAGCGAUCCUUUGCUCAUCUACUCACAUGAGCUUGAACGGGCGGUCCUCGCAUGCAACAUCACUGCUAUUUGCCAGAAGCUAUCACAAGCACCAGCAGAUUUCCAGAUUUUGCCAGUGCUGGUCGUGAAACUCAUCACACGAUUUGCUUUAGUCAAGGUGCUCACUUAUCUGGAAAGCAACCACCCCCAGUUGUUCAAGGCAUUCGAUGGGGCCUUUCUUCCAACCAAAGCGUCUGCAUAUUAUCCUCAGGUCAAAGUCUUGGAUUACUGGAAAAACAGUCCUCACUUCCAAAAUCGCCAUGUCUAUGAUACCGAGGCGAUAGAUGGCGCAUGUAAGAAUGGCCACGUGCAUAUUUUGCAGUGGUGGAAGCAAUCGGGGUUACCGUUGUUAUACACCAAAGUCUCACUGGAACAGGCGAGCGGUAACGGCCUCAUCUUGGUCCUUGAAUGGUGGCGCGACGCUGCUGCCCUGGACCACAAUAUCGUCUUAAAGACUGGCAGGUCGCUCUUAUGGGCUGCCACGAAUGGCCAAGCAGAUGUGCUACGAUGGUGGCAUGCUUCUGGCAUUCAAAUGGGGUACAGCGGUGGUGUGGCCUUUACAGCUAGCCGUUGGGGGCAUGUCCAUGUCUUGGAGACGUGGCGAAAGCUGCAAGGCGAUGGCAAUGUCUUAUUUGAUGCCGAGGAAGUCAUAUUCAUCGCUACAGCUCGUCAGCAUGUGGAAGUCCUCGAGUGGUGGCGGCAGUUUGCCCGGGGUACGCUCGACGGCAUGAAUGGGCGAGGAGUCAAGGUCAAGUUUCGAACGCGAAGGAUCCAAGAGGCUGUUGAAUCUGCUCCCAAGUCUCAAGAAUGGUGGUUUCGUUAUAGACUAGGCAUUGGGAAAGAUCAGGACUGGUGGCCCUCUUUUCUAGCAUUGUGA